AUGUCUGUGGUAAACGGUAAGGAACAGACAAAGUUCGAAACUGCGAACAGUGAGCUCAGCUCUCACACGCAUGAGGAUGCUGGUGAAGAAAAGGAUGCCGGUGUGCAUAAUAUCGAGGUUUUUACAGCGCAAUACGAUCAUAUUGGCUACCGUCUUAUGUUAUUCUUCUCGAUCUUUUUGAUAUCAUAUGCUUAUGGGUUGGACCAGAACAUCCGUUAUACUUUGCAAACUUAUGCAACAAAUUCUUACUCUCAACACUCUUUGCUUGCAACUGUGAACUGUAUUAUUGCAGUGAUUGCCGCUCCAGGUCAGGUGUGUUUCGCUCGUGCUGCUGAUAUCUUUGGUAGAUUCACAGUGCUGAUCGUUGCAGUUAUAUUCUAUGUGAUGGGUACGAUUAUUGAGAGUCAAGCCACGAAUGUUUCUCGUUUUGCUGCAGGUGCUUGUUUCUAUAGACUUGGUAUUACUGGUCUUAUGUUGAUGAUGGAAGUUAUCGCUAUGGAUUUCUCGAAUUUGAACUGGAGACUGUUGGCAUCAUUCGUGCCUGCUUUACCGUUCAUUAUCAAUACCUGGAUUAGUGGUAAUGUCCUUACUGCCAUCGGGACCAACUGGAAAUGGGGUAUUGGUAUGUGGGCUUUCAUCUUGCCACUUUCGUGCAUCCCAUUAGGAUUUUGCAUGCUGCACAUGAGAUACUUGGCACACAAGAACGCUAAAGACCAAUUGAGAAGUGAGUUUAAACUUUUUAAGACAAUGUCGUGGUACGAGUACAUUGUCGAGGUUUUCUUCUGGAGACUGGAUUUCCCCGGAUUGAUCUUGAUCUGUGUUACUUUUGGUUGUAUCUUGAUUCCAUUCACGCUGGGCGGUGGUUUGAACGAAAAGUGGAAGACCGCUGGAAUCAUCGUUCCUGAAGUUAUCGGAUGGGUUGUGGCCUUGCCUCUCUACAUGAUUUGGGAAUCCAAGUAUGCCAGACACCCAUUGACACCAUGGAAAUUGAUCAAGGAUCGUGGUAUCUUUUCUGCUCUAAUCAUUGCAUUUCACAUCAACUUCAUCUGGUACAUGCAAGGUGACUACAUGUUCACCGUGCUAAGAGUUGCUGUCAAUGAAUCUAACUCCUCCGCUCAAAGAAUUACCAGUCUGUACUCGUUUGUUUCUGUGAUCACUGGUACCCUUCUCGGUUUGGUUAUUGUGAAAGUGAGAAGAACCAAAAAGUUCAUUCUUUUCGGUAUCGUCUGCUGGUUCAUUUCUUUUGGACUGCUGGUCCACUUCCGUGGUGACUCGUCUUCACAUUCCGGUAUCAUUGGUUCCCUAUGUCUAAUGGGUUUUGGAGCAGGUUUUUUCACAUACACAACACAAGCGUCAAUCCAAGCCUCGACGAAACACCACGAGAACUUAGCCGUCAUCACUUCUCUCUACUUGGCCACUUAUAACAUCGGUUCCGCCGUUGGUGCUGCAGUUUCCGGUGCUAUCUGGACCAAUGUGCUACCAAAAGAGAUCGGCAAGAGAUUGAACGACGCAACUCUUACACAGCAAGCUUAUUUGGAGCCAUUGACAUUUAUUCUCACUUAUACAUGGGAAACCAUCGAGAGACAAGCGGUUGUCCUCGCUUACAGAUACACACAAAAGGUCUUAUGUAUAGUCGGGCUAUGCUUCUGCGCGCCAUUACUAUUCUCUGCUUUCUUACUCAGAGACCACAGAUUGGGCGAUGUGAUAGCAUUGGAAGAUCUCGAUGAGAAGAACUUGGCCGAAGAUGAAGAGUCCGGGAAGUUCUGGGGCAAAUACUUUCGUUUCGCUAGAAAACAUGAGGACUAA